AUGGCAUGGUCUUCUUACAAGAACCAAAUGGACUAUUUGAGCCUACCCCGGCAGUCUGAAUCCAGCAAUACAGAUCCUACCUUUUCCAACGGCGCAUCCGUUACCCAAACGCCUAUUGAUACGGCCACAAUGUCAUUUCCCACGGAGUACGGCUUUUACGAUCCUCGUGUACAGCGCGAUUCAAUGCUCCUUCGCCAUGACUUUAAUUUGCCUUCCAUCAUUGGUCCUCCCAAUCCAGAGCAUGCGGACGACGGCACUAUGCAGGAGUGCUUAGCCCAAUGGAAUGGUAUCAUUGAAGGCCCAGCUACAGACUAUCAUCGCCCAGCCGAGAACACCGUUGGUGUCCCGUCCUUGGACGCUACCGCCAUUGUGCAGCGGCCAUCUCCACCCAAGGAUAACGACAUUCUGGCUACUGGGGGAAACCGUAUUCGUGGUCGCCAACCCAAUAAACAAGAGAAUGGCGACGGCCCCUUUGAAUGCAACUGGAUAAGCUGCAAGCACCGAAGGCCGUUUAGCUGCGAAAGGGUGUUGAUGCGUCAUAUCAAAACCCAGCAUGUUAAGCCGCGCUCCAUUGACUGUCCUAGGUGUCCCCUAUCCUUCAACCGGAAGGAUAACAUGAAGGAGCAUCUGGGAAGGGUUCACCGGGAAUAUUGCUGA